UACAUUUCUGUGUGCUGCGAACUCAGUUCUUUCAUAGAGACCGAGUCGUGAAUACACGCACAGGAUUUGUACGGAACGCACGCAGUUCUUGUUGGCUUGAUAAACCCAUUGAAGCACACCAACAAGGAAGUCAGUCAGUCAUACCAACCCUUGAAAACCGACCGAAACGGAUUUCGUUUGUCAGUUCGUGCUUUUCGUGUGAGCGGCGUCAGGUUUAUAACGAUAAUUGCUUAUUUUCUUCUCCGAACAGAAGGAUAGCACCAAAGCCAAAGGCUGGCGAACGGGCAGGGGGCGACGCAAAACGACACAGAGUGUUUAAAGAAACAACAAGUGUAUUGGGAAUCAAGCAAAUCAAUGAUGAUUUAUGUUUAAAUUAGUUCAAGGAAAAUAAGUGAAUGUGCCCCAAAGAAAAUCUUAAAAGAAAAGAAAAACAACAACAACAACAACAAACCAAAAAUAAAUAUCUUACCAAAAGAAAGGAUAAAGGAUAACAAAUAAAAGAAAUUCUUUGUUUGUUUGUUUGUGUGCUUAAAGAGUAAAAUCUCUUGAAUCAAAGAAAACGAAAGUUUAUGGCAAACCCCAAAAAUAUUUAAAUAAACCGAAUGAAAAAUCAAGAAAAAUAAUUUGGAAUUUUCCUCGGAGAGAAAAUGAAAGCGAAAAUCAAUAAAACAGUGUGUGUGUAAAAAAAAAAGAAGUGCGUGCGACCCAGAACCGAAAAUUGUGUGACUACACCCAGUAUUUAAAUGGUCAAAUAUUGAAGUGGCAGCAAUAAUGAGAACCAAACCCCAAGUUAUGUUUCCGCAUCAAGUGAAAAUGUAAAGAGUGAUAUAAAAACGCAUAGAAAGCCUUCGGACAAAAAACAAAAACUCAGUGAAAAACGACCUUAUAGUGCUUAAAAAGAAACUAAAUACAUAAAUUUACAACUUUUUCGCAAUGUGCAGGGAAAAUUAAAAACUAAUUUAUUCAUUGCACUGGCAAAAAUUGCAAAAACAAAAUACAGCAAGCUAGCUGUCUUUCGAAAAUCCCACCUCUCAAUUUCAGAGUUUAUUUUUGUUUAAGCAGUGUGUGGCCAUCAACACCUGGAAUCUGCAAACAAGAGCCACAAAAAUGCCAACCUAUGACAGUUUAGUCCAGGAGAAUAGUGAACAAGAACAACAACACGAACAAAAGCACCAACACCAAUACCAAGAGCAGCAGCAACAUUGUGUACGGGAAUUCUAUAAAACUAACAUUUUUAGGAAAACAACAACUACAAUGUGGACAACAAAACUCAUGAUGUCCUCGCAAACACAUGUGAAAAACACAGCUAGCAUUCGCGAGAUUUUUAGUCAGAAAGUUCCAAUGGCUCACCCGGCUGCUAAACAAACAACGCACUUGACCUUAAAAAGGCCUUUCGGAAACACAUCAUCUGAGUCAGCACAAACUACGGAGGCAUCAGCAUUAGCAACGGCACAAUCCACAGCAAAAACAGCAACAGUGAAAAAAAUAAACAAGCAAAACAAGUUGCAACACAAAAAGCAACAGCAACAGCAUCAACAUCAAAAAACCGAAAAUUGCUCAAGCAACAACAAAAACAUCGGCAGCAGCAGCUGCAACAACAGUUCAACGCUAGAGCAACGGGGACAAGAACAACUGCCAAAUAUUAUCACUACUGACCCAGCUGCCAUACGGGCCAAUGCAACGGCAACUUCUCUACACUCGGCAGUGGUAGUUGCUGCCGCCAACAAAGCAGCAACCACGUCACCAACAAUAGCAACAAAACCAUCCACAUUACCAUCAUCGGCAAAGGAUGUGGAAAAUGCACUGAAUGAAACACAAUGGCCCAGUGUUUGCUUUAGUUCAAAAGGCUGCCCAAAGCAAAAAUGUGCUCAUCCACAUUCGCAACAACAAGUGAAACAAAAUGAACAACAACAGGAAAAGGAAGAACAGCAACAACAGCAUUCGCAUGGCGAUGCAAACUCACAAGAAUAUGAUGAACACAAAUACGAACCCCAGCAAGGGGCACCCCAUCAUUGUAAAAGUGCGAGCAUUAGUCGCUGCCAGAGCAACAGCAACAUUAGCGGCAGCAGCAGCAACAAUCGCAUAGUGCCCCAAAUAAACAUCAACGUCGCCAACAUAACCACCACCACUACCAACAACAACAUCAUCAUUGCCAACACCAUUGCCACCACCACCUCCAUUGCCAACAUCAUCGGCAAUGGCUGCAGCAGCAACAGCAACAGCAUUAUCAUUACCAACCCCACUAUAAAACACACAACUGCAACUACAAGUGGAAUCUCUUCGGUAACAGCAGCAACCAGAGCAACACCAGCAUAUGCCAUCGGAGCCCUUCUUCAUCUUCUGCUCCUUCUUCCGGUGCGACAACGACGACUCGGUCAUGUCAUGCAAAUGGAAUCUAUGCUGCGUGCUCUGAUGUUUGGCUGCUUUGUGUUCAUCAUGUCGCUGCAAUUUCAAAAUGUGGCCGCUUCCGCAAGUAUGCAACCCAAACAUGAGCCAAUGUUCAUAUCCCGCUCUGAAACGUUUAAAUUUGUCGCUGGUGAUACCAUUGUCUUGCCGUGUGAAGUUGCCAAUACUGAACCCUAUGUCGUUGCCUGGAAACGUGGUAUUGCGAUAUUAACAGCUGGCUCUGUUAAAGUUACUCCAGAUCCUCGUGUGCGUUUGGUGAACGGUUUUAAUUUGCAAAUACGUGAUGCUGUGCCACAGGAUGCGGGUGAUUAUAUUUGUCAAAUAGCAACAAUGGAACCACGUGAAAUUACUCACACCGUUGAGAUACUAGUGCCACCAAGGAUUCAUCAUAUGAGCAGCAGCGGUCAUUUGCAAGUUAAAAAAGGUUCCUCAGUUCGUAUUGAAUGUUCAGCCUCUGGUAAUCCAACGCCAAACGUUACAUGGAGUCGUAAAAAUAAUAUUUUGCCCAAUGGCGAGGAGAAACUUCAUUCGCAUAUAUUGUCAAUUGAAAAUGUGGAUCGCCACAAGGGUGGAGUUUAUAUCUGUACGGCCAAUAAUGGUGUGGGUCAACCGGCCUCCAGUCAAGUGAUUUUACACGUUUUAUAUCCACCCGAAAUCAAUGUGGAACGUCCUGUGGUAUUCUCGGGAGAGGGCCAUGAGGCAAUGCUGGUGUGUAUAGUGCAUGGGGAGACACAGCCUGAGGUCAUUUGGUUUAAGGACACCAUGCAAUUGGAUACCACCGAACGUCAUAUUAUGGAGAAUCGUGGCUCACGUCAUACACUGAUUAUACGUAAAGUGCAUCCACAAGAUUUUGGUAAUUAUUCGUGUGUGGCUGAAAAUCAACUUGGCAAGUCACGUAAAACUUUACAGCUGAGCGGUAAACCAAAUGUGGCCGUUUUCAAUUCACCACCAAUCAGUCAGUACAAGGACCGAUACAACAUUUCUUGGACGGUGGAAUCUCAUGCACCCAUUGAGGAGUACAAAUUAUCCUUCCGAAGGUUGCAGCAAGGACAAGAGGUCGAUAACUCCAUUGAUUCGCAUGGCUCCUCCGCAUCAUCGAUGUCAUCCUCGUCCAUGAUUCAGAUGUAUGGAGGCGGUGGUCUUGGUGGCAGCAGCGGUCUGGGCAACAUGGGCAGAGUGCACAAUUACCAAUUGGGGGGCAUCGGUGGUGGCAGCUUGAGCAGCAUGGGCAGCAUCGGUGGCGGUUAUGGCAGUUAUGGUGCUGGCAAUGUCAUCCACUGGGGUCGUAACGAUUGGCGUGACGUAGUGCUGCCGGCCAUACCCAUCUCGCACCACUACACACAGGGGAUGAGCUAUAUGAUACGCGGUUUGGAUCCAGAUCAACAUUACGAAGCUACAGUUCAAGCGAGGAACCGUUACGGCUGGAGUGACUAUUCGCAAAGUUUUGUAUUUUCAACGUCAUCAAAUGAUGGACUAACCGAUCUAUCAACCUAUUUAAAUCACGGCCACUUGUCAGAUAAUGAGAUGCGAGAUUUGAGUGUUACAUUCUACGGCAGUAGAUCCUCCCGAGUACAUCGCGAAUGCAGCAUACUUCUGACAACUCUAAUCAUAGUAUAUAUGCGGUAUUUUGCAAUCUAAAUGCAUUUAAUUUAUAUACGUAUACAAAAAUUACAAAAUAUACAGAAGGAAAAAACCCAAACACAUACAAACAAAUUCUAUAUUCAAAUAAUCCAUUUAAAUUUCUCUUCUCCAUUCAACAUGCAUUCAUAAACAUUUUAUUCUGUUGCUCAUACACACAUUUUGAUAAGGAACAUACAUGCAUUCAUACAUAUAAUCAUUCAUCAUGGCAUAAAUGAAAAAGAACAACCUUAGAAUCAUUUUAUUGUACAAUCAUUAUAACCCAAAAAAAAUUCACAAAAAUUAAAAGCAAAAAAACCAGAAUACUAUAGAAUCGAACAAAACGAGAGCAAAUGUACUACAUAAGUUAUAUUUCUAUAAAGCAGCACAACCAUACGUACAUUGUCGUCCCCAUUCAUAAAAUAUCAAUGAAUAAAUAUUUAGAAGGCAGCAAAAAAAAACCCUAAACAAUACAUACACAAAAUAAUAAAAAUUUCUGAAUAAAAGAAACAUAAAUACCAAAACUUAAAUGAAUGGAAACAUGACAAAAAGUCUCUCCACUGAGACAUAGGAAGAAAACAAAAAAAAGAAAAACUAUAAAAUUGUGUAAAUAUUUAGAUAUAUUUUGUGUGCAUUUUUCUGGUUUAGACACAGCAUGUGGCGAGAAGCAAACGGAGAACACAAAUCCCAAAAAAAAAAAUUAUAUCAAAUAAAUUGUUGGUAAAUAGCAAAUCCAUAUUUGGCAUAAUUUAUAUAAUAUUUAAAAACCAAUGAUGGAAUGUGCAUAAAAACAAACCCACACAAACAACACACAUUAACCCACACAUAUUGUCUGUGUAAGCUACGUAUGCAUGUAUGCUCUGCAGGCAAAAUCAUUAUUUAAUAAUUUAGCAAAAAAGAAAACAACAACAAACAAAACAAAUACUUAAGAAAGCGUAUUAUUAACAGAGGCAUUUAUUUAAUAGAUACUAUAGCAAGCAUGAUGAAUGUUGCUAUUUAUAUAAAAGGGAAAAAACACAUGUAAAAAUAAUUAAAAUUGAAAUUCAAACCAAAAAAUAUU